AUGAACCAUGAUUUUACGCCAAGCUCGCCAGCCCCAACCAACGCCAAUGCAUCAUCGCGACAAGUAGACGACGAAACGAUACCGAUACCCACGACGGCUGAUGCCGAUACGGAACCAGGGGUCGCGGAUGCGGAAGCCGAUGUGGAAGCAGACGCAGACGCAGACGCAGACGCAGACGCAGACGAUAAUAAUGACGGAUCUCAAUCCCGCUCACGAUCUCGUUCGCGGCGCCGUCGUCGGAAAAAGAGCAAGAAGGAUCGCAACCCGGGGCUCGUCAAGAAGCUGUCCUUUGUCACGCAUCUUCUCAAGACGCUCGACUUGCUAGUCUUUGCCGAGCUGAGCGGCCUGUACUAUAUGGAGUGCUCCAUGUUUCGAUUUCUGCUUCGUGCCAUCGGCCAAUACAUGUACCUUACCCCGAAAGACGAAGCGUUUCCCUUUCUCAUGCCCGCCGGUAGGGUCCACGUCCUCCUAGUUGUCAUCCCCAACUUCAUCUGCGUCCUCCUUCAUCUCUUCACCUCUCUGCCACAGGGACCCGACUUCCACCGUGGCUACCAACAUGGCGGGCUUAUAAUUGAUUUUGUCGGACAACGGCCCCCAACGUCUAGACUGUACUAUUUGCUAGCCGAUUUCGCCAUUCUGGCUAUUCAGUGCCUCAUGUUGACGGUACAUACACAGCGAGAGCAACUUCGCGUCACGUUGAAGACGUUUCGGCCCAUAUUACCGGACAUUGCUGAGGAACUAGAGAUUGCGUCGCGGAGAAUGCAAGAUUUGGACGCCGAGGAGCGGGGGGUGUCGAUACAUGGCACAGAUCCGACGCUUGCUAAUGCGACACAAACCGCCACUAUAGACGAAGCUGGCGGCACGGAGAUGCGCGAGCUGAAUACGUCCACCGAGACGAGGGAGGCAAGUGAGCAAAGCGGCGAAGCGGAUACAUUGCUGCGGGAGAGCACGAGCGAGGACUCGUCGAGGGCGCAACUGGCGGAUAUAAUGAAUUCUGGUAAUGCUGUGGUCGGCGAUUAUUACAUUGUGCAAUCAGUCUUGUCUGCUGCCGGUGAUUUGGAGCGCUCGGCGGCACAUUCGCUUCGUUCAAUAAGCUACGGGGCGACCUUGGCUACGCUACAGGCUAGGAGGAGGGCGGUUAUUGCUCAGUCUGCUGCCAUACGACCAAAUAGAUAG